CUAUAAAGGUUCCCUCGCCGUCUCACACAGUAUCUGCUGCAUCCAGGAGUCCAGCAUGAAGCUCUUCAUCAUCUGUGUCUUUCUAUCAGGCCUCGCUGCAGUGCAGUGUGCAGACUGUAGUCAGUGUGUAACCUUUUGUAAGACUGUCAAAUGGUGCUUGAAAUCAGAAGAGGAGUUUCAGAAAUGCACCAGACCAACAAACGAACACUGGCCAACCUGCGUGAAGAGAGGAGGAACGCAGGAAUGCAUUGAAGCCAUUGCGAGAGGUGAAGCGGAUGCCAUCACUCUGGACGGAGGAGAUAUCUACACAGCCGGCCUCGCACCCUACAACCUUCACCCCAUCAUCGCGGAACAAUACGGCGCAGCGGAAGAGUCGUGCUACUACGCUGUGGCUGUAGUAAAGAAAGGCACCAAGUUUGGCUUCAAUGACCUUCGUGGGAAGAAGUCCUGUCACACUGGUUUGUGGAAAACCACAGGCUGGAACAUCCCCAUCGGCACUCUCAUCAAACAGGGACAGAUUGCAUGGGGUGGCAUCGACGAGAAACCUCUGGAGGACGCGGUGGCAGAAUUCUUCUCAGCCAGUUGUGUACCAGGAGCGAAAAACCCCAAAUUGUGCAAACUGUGUAAAAACAACUGCCAGCGCUCUCACGACGAGCCGUAUUAUGAUUACGAUGGAGCUCUCCGCUGCCUGAAGGAAACAGAUGCAGAUGUGGCGUUUGUGAAGCACCUCACGGCACUCGGUGAGAAGGACAAGUUCGAGCUGCUGUGUGAAGACGGCACCAGGAAGCCUGUUGAUGACUAUUUAAACUGCAACCUGGCCCAAGUUCCCGCUCACGCCGUCGUCAGUCGCGUUGACAAAGACCUCGCCUUCCGUGUCUUCACCGUUGCGGACAACAUAAAGGAAAAUGGUCUGUUCUCGUCCGAGGGCUUCACCUCAAAAAACCUAAUCUUCAAAGACUCGACGACGAAUCUGCAGAGGCUCCCAGAGCUCACCAACGCCUACAUGUACCUGGGAGAGAAGUACUGGAAUGCCAUCCACUCGCUCAGGAGAGAAAAGACAGACAGCGCGUCGUCCGACAAGAUUAAAUGGUGCGCCGUGGGUCACGCUCAGAAAAAUAAAUGUGACGCAUGGAGCCUGAACAUCGUCGACAGUGCAGGCAACAGCAAGCUGGACUGUGAAACCGGCAGCACGGUGCAGGAUUGCCUCAGGAAGAUCUUGCUUAAUCAGGCGGACGCUAUUGCGGUUGAUGGAGGAGAAGUGUAUAUUGCUGGAAAGUGCGAUCUGGUUCCGGCCUUGGUGGAGCAGUACGAUGAAGAAAAGUGUAAAUCUGCAUCAGGAGAUGCCUCGUCCUAUUACGCGGUGGCUGUAGUGCGCAAAGACUCUGGCUUGACCUGGGAUACGCUGAGGGGCAAGAAGUCGUGUCACACCGGAGUGGGACGUACAGCAGGCUGGAACAUUCCCAUAGGUCUCCUCCAUGACAAAUACGAUGAUUGUGACUUCUCGACGUUCUUCAGUGAAAGCUGUGCUCCUGGUUCAGAUCCUGAAUCAAACCUGUGUAAAUUGUGUAAGGGAGGUGAAGCUGGUAAAGACAAAUGCAAAGCCAGCAACGAUGAGAGGUAUUAUGGCUACAGCGGAGCCUUCAGGUGUUUGGCUGAAGGUGCCGGUGACGUGGCCUUUGUUAAGCACAGCACCGUAGCGGAAAACACAGACGGCAGCGGACCAGCGUGGGCCAAGGCUUUCAAAUCAGCAGACUUCAAGCUCAUCUGUCCCAGUGGCUCUGCUGAAAUUACUGCACAUGAGCAGUGUCAUUUAGCCAAAGUUCCAGCUCACGCCGUCGUCACUCGUCCAGAGAAACGUGACGACGUGGUGUCGUUCCUCAAGGAGCAGCAGGAUAAGUUUGGUCUUUCUGGCUCAGAUGACUCAUUCAGAAUUUUUCAGUCUGAUGGGGAAGAAAAAUCACUCUUCAAAGACUCGACCAAAUGUCUCCAAGAGGUUCCAAAAUCACAGACCUAUCAGGACUUCCUGGGAGAGGCUUACAUAACCUCCUUAAACUCUCUGCACCAGUGUCCGAAGACCAAGUCUGAACUGGAGGAGGCCUGUACCGCUCGCCCUUGCCAAAAAGCCUGAAACGGUCCGGUUUGUCUUGGAUGCGGUUUUUAAGAUGGUUUUUAAGACGAUUUUUCUCUCACGUGUUCCUGAUUUCUGACCUUUUUUGGAAUAAAAUCCACCUUGGUGUGAUUGCAUUUCUGUUCUUUUAGCAGAAGAUGCCUGAAAUAAAAAAAAUGAAAUUACAAA